AUGACCACCAUCCGGGCAGCUGCCAUUGCCCGCCUCCACACAAUCCUCGCAGCCUCUGCCUUCUCCUCCGCCCUCAUCAUCGGCUGCGCGCUGCACUACCGCAAGAUCGUCAAGAAUGGCGUCGCCGGCUAUCCCCAGGAGUGGUUUCCCUCGGUGUCUUCAACGAUCGGGGACUGGUAUCCUGAGCGGAAUAUCUUCCAGAUUCUCAUAGCACUCACGUCAGGUCGCCCGCGUUUCGCACUCGUGUUCUUCCAAUACUUCCUACAUCACUCAACCACAUCUUCUCUACCCACCUUCGUCUUUCUUUCCGGGAUCAUACGGACGCUCUCCUGCGGAGGAUGGGUCUACAUCACGUCAAGCGACGACCAUGACAUCCACGACUUCAUGAUGAUCCUCUACAUCGUGUGCAACGUUCCCUGGAUGCUGUUGGGCAUCACCACGACACCCGCAGCCCGAGUUUCUGUUCGCAGGAAACGGAAACUUGUCUCUGGCGCGUUCUUUGCGACUAUCGUGCCCUUGGUGUACUUCUUCAUCCAGCACAAAGUGAACCGAAUACCAGGAGCCUACACCCGUUACGCGUUCUUUGAAUGGGGUCUUAUUUUCCUCGACGUCUCCUACGACUCUAUCUCGGAGCAGGAGUUCAGCGAAAUAUCUCUCGCUGGUCUUGUUGACGGUGCUACCAAAGUAACGCGUGCCGAAUCCAUACCAUCUGAACUAUCUGCCAAAUCCGUCGACACGAAAUUAGCUCCUGCUGCAGAAACGCUUGCCAAAGCGGAUAAACCACUUGCCGAUGCAGUUCAUGCCGCCCUUGACCCAGUCCCUGAAAAUCAUCAAGAAGAUGAAGACGAAGACGAAGACUCGCUAUUUGUCGACGAUGUACCGAUCUGGAGAGAUGCCUCAGCGUUUGUCUCAGAUGUGUAUCUUUCGUACAUGUUCUGGACUCUCUUCACUGCCCUUAUACCCACCUUGUUCUACUUCUCAGUCUGGAAACUGGGAAUUGCAGGCAACGAACUUGCUUUGCUCUCUGUGCUCUCGCCUUUACUGCUCUCAAUUUCUUCGCCGUACAAUUACAUCUUCAAUCCGUCGACUCUAACUCCGACUCCGGUGCCACCCCUUCUUGCUUAUACAAAGUUGCGUCGUGGACAAACUGUCCUUCAUUUUAUGUCUCUUGUUGGUAUUUUAGCAUACUUUGUUCCCAGUCCUGGUGAGAGACUGGUUCUCGUGUCUCUUGGGAACAUCAUUGGAGUGAUGAGGGAAGUCGUUGCUUGGUCUGGGAUUGUCCAAGGCGGGAAGGAUGUAGGAUAUCAAUCCAUCGGUAUAAUUUUCAACGCUUUUGACUGUGAGACGAGAUUGCUGAUUGCUGUCGUUCUUCAAGUGCUGGGAUUGGGUGCCACUCUGGCCUCAGUUCUGAAACAGGCCAAUAGGUCCAAUAACCCUGUUUGGCCGUUUAUCAACUACAAAGCCGACGGGUGGAACAAAACCGGCAUCUUCCUCGCCCUGCUCGCCAUCUACGAAUACGCUACUCGACCUAUACCUAAACCCCAGCACACACCACCACCUCUUCCUUCCCAAAAACUUCAACCUCGGCCCAGCGUCUUCCUAAGUGCCUUGCCUCUCGGCUCGCUCCUCUUCUGCAUACACAACCUCCUCUCCGACUCGAGCACUCUCAUCGCAUGGUCCUGGACAGGCUACGAGAACCGGCUCCCUCGCGGGCCCGUCCCGCACCUGCAUGGCUCAGUGACCAUCGGCGCCAUGGUCCUCGGCACGUUUAUCGCGCUGUGGUCCGUAACUCGCCUUAAACAGAAACCCAACCCUUUCGCGACCCAGGCUUGGUUCAUGUUCGGCGCUGGUAGUGCAUACGUGAUGUAUGCGUACCGAAACUGGACGGGGUAUGUGGGUGGGUUGGGCCAGGCGGUGUUCUUGAUGACGAUUUUGCCGCUUGUAUUCCAGAAAGCGGCGGAUGCAGCUGAGGGUGGCGAUGGUAGGGAGUUGAGGGUUGCGAAGGUGUACACGAUUGCGUUCGCAGUGUACUGUGUUCUUAACCUUGCGAGCGUGUUUACGGUCGCGUAUGCGUUUGUUCCUGGGGGCGUGUACUUUAGAGAACGGACUGACUUGGUGAUAAUCGUCCAAAUGGCUUGCCUGCUCCCCGCAUUCAACCUCGGAAUAUUCUCCACUGGCACAGCCACUUCUUCCCUCGCUCCUCUUACCACCAAGUUCAGAUCACAUAUCAUGGCCAUCCUUUCGCUCAUUUCGCUACUCUCCCUGCUGACGACGGUCUAUCGCGUCCCACGAAAUCCUCCACAACCAUUCAAGGCCGCUGCGACAGGUCCUAGGAUAAUUAAUACGGGUAUCUGGACGGUGCAUUUCGGCAUCGACAAUGAAGGCCAUGAUAGCCAGCGGGGUAUCAUGAAAUUAAUCACGGACAUGGAGCUGGAUGUUGUGGGCCUUCUGGAGACGGACUUGCAUAGAACUGCCUUUGGGCACCGCGACCUGACUCGACGAAUAGUUGAAGAGGCAAACUACUAUGUCGACAUUGGACCUGGACCAAACUCACACACCUGGGGCGCUGUUCUCCUAUCAAAGUUCCCUAUUAUCAGCACGACGCACCAUCUCUUGCCAUCUCCCCACGGCGAACUGGCACCAGCAAUAGAAGCCAUCCUAGAUGUAUACGGGACGGAAGUGCUCGCCCUUGUCUCGCAUAACGGCCAAGAGGAAGACCCGUUGGACAGAGAGCUGCAGAGUACGGAGCUGGCAAAGGUCCUUGCCGCUUCAACUCGACCUUCAAUAUUCCUUGGUUAUGUGGUGACGAAGCCGUACAGGCCUCGUCCGGACCCCUAUGGAAUCUUGGUCCUUGAGGGCAAUGUGCACGACAUUGAUGUUGAUGACGCAGAUCGAUGGUGUGAAUACAUCUUCUACCGCGGUCUGUAUCGUACUGCGUAUGCACGGAUUUCGCGUGGGAUCAUCACGGACACCGAGACGCAGAUCGGACAAUUCGUGCUUCCCCGACACGGACACAACGUCACGGAUGACAGCCUCCCCGCCCGCUACCUCAGGUCGAGGAAGGAGGAGCUUCCUGUAGAGCAUUGGUUACCGAUGGAAUACUACGGUGAUGCCAAUAAGGGCGGUGUGAACGGGCAUUAUUAUCAUGUCUUCGGCACGCCAUUGUACUACAAGCUACCUGAAGGUGCAAUUGUAUGA